UCCUGUGGCUGUUCAACGGCAGGUCACUGCAUCCUUCAGGAAAGUUCCGCAUUUCGGCCGCUGGAAAUACCCACACGCUGACCGUCUUCCAGGUCACCCAGAAGGACAUCGGUACAUACUCUUGCAGGAUCAACAACAGGUAUGGCCACGCCUACACUCUGAGCAGCGUGUACUUCGGCACCCCUAAGCCUCGAAAGGGCGUCGCAGUGCCUGGAGCCGAUAUGGAAAUGAGAGCUCCCACCUCAAGGAGCGUCCUGAGAGCAUGGUCUCCGUCUACAAGAUGAAGAAAUCCAGCUCAGCUGCACUGUUCGUUGGAGAGCCUACGCCCAGAGUGACCUGGCUCAAGGGCGGCCAUGACGUGUCAAUCACCACGAGGGCGACCAAGUCCGUCAAGGACAACCAUCACACUUUAGUUAUUCGAGGCGCAUCUUUCACCGACUCCGGCACCUACACCGUGGAGGCCAAGAACUCCCAUGGCACCGUCAGGGCCUACUGCAGCGUCAAGGUCCGAGAGACGUACAGGUGCCGCAGCUUCUCCCCAAGAGGACAAGACGAGAUGUAUGUCACCACGUCCUACGAGGACCAACAGCGAAGAACCACCGGCAGGUUCAUCAGAGACGUCCCAGGCAAAGUGGGCACUCCAAAGGCCCACGACAUCGGAAAGAACUGGGUGUCGCUCCAAUGGACCCGACCGGAGCACACAGGAGGUGUCAUGGUGACGGCGUACAAGGUCGAGUCUUGGAUUCUGGGAGAAGAAGCCAGAUGGCAGGACCUUGGUGUGACGCCAAUUCCUUCCUUCGACGUCUACCACCUGAAACAAGACCGAGAAUACCUGUUCCGUGUCACGCCGAGAAACAAGUACGGAUGGGGCGAAGCCGUCAUGACCCCACGACCCAUACGCAUCGGUCGCAAGAUCGAGCACCCGAACUUCCCUCGAUGCCUGCCCCACCAGGUCAGGGCGAUGCCCGGCGGAUGCAUAUCGCUCGACGCUCAGGUGACAGGAGAACCCAUGCCUGAGAUUAGAUGGUACAAAGACGGCACCGUCAUUGAUGUCGAAAGAUACCCAAGGUUCUCAUCACAUUGCUCUGAGGGAUCGAUGCACCAUAUCUUUGGUUUUCUCUGCAAGGUGUCCCUGAGGAUCCAAGACCUCCAGUGGGAAGACGAAGGUAAAUACGAAAUAGAGGUGCUUAACCCAGGUGGCCGUGUGACGUCAUACACCCGGGUCAACACGACCAAUGAUUGCUCCAUUUUGGAGGCUCAGGAGAGAAUUAACAACAACCUGAUGGCGCUGUCCCGGCUGGACACGGUGCCAUCCAUGGCACCCCAGUUCACGAUGAGAUUACGAGACAGACGUGUUCAGGUUGGGUUCCCGGUCAGGUUAACGUGCCAGAUUGUGGGCGUGCCCAGACCCACGGUCUCGUGGUUUAAGGAUGGGGAGACUUUGGUUAUUGAUGACUGCCACACAACCUGGCAGGAAGACGGCCACUUCUACACUCUGGAGAUCUCGAACUCGACACACGAUGACGCCGCCAUCUACUCCGCCUGCGCCUCCAAUCUCUACGGCUCGGUGCUGUGCAAGUGCAGGCUCAUCGUCGACUCCGGCCUUAAGUCUUACAUAUCUCCCAUGUUCCUCCGGGAGUUGGAAGACCAGAGCGUCCGACAGGGCGAGACCAUCACUCUUCAGACUGUCAUCGAAGCCUACCCAACCAUAGGCGUUGUGUGGCACCGAGACGGGCAGAGGAUCCGCAUCUCUCGCAAACAUUCCUUCAGCCUGGACGCCGACGGCAUCGCCUCCCUGGUCAUCCGGAAGGCCGACUAUACCGACGGAGGCCUCUACACCUGCACCGCCUCCAACGAGAUGGGCCACAUUGAGUCCAUCUGCAGGGUAUCUGUCUCUUGCACCGACUCGGACUUAGCCUCCGGAAGGAGAAAGAUUCCAAAGUACAGCAACGAACCUAUUUUUGUCCGGAAGCCAAGGGCCAUCGACGCCGAAGAGGGUGACCUGGUGAUCAUCGAGUGUGAGGUGAUGGGAGAGCCCAAACCCACAGUGACCUGGCUUCGCGACUGGCUUGAGCCGAGUGUGUAUUCGGACGGCGAUCGAUUCCAGGAGAUCGGAACAGGACCGGUGUAUCGGCUGGAGAUUCCCAACUGCCGACUGGAAGACACUGGGGCCUACAGCAUCCUGGCCAAGAACGAUCAUGGAGAGACGAGGGCUGUGGUGUCCGUUCAGGUCUACGCCAAAGGCCUAAAGGGUGAACUUGAAGGCACACCAGUGAAGAGAGGCGUGAUGGAGUACUUGCCAGUGGUGACGCGCCCCCUGCAGGACGUCCGCUGCUGUGACGGAGACUCUGUCACCCUAGAAGCCCUCGUUGAAGCUCCUAAGAGCUCCAUCAUCCGUUGGGAGAAACAGGGCAAGGUCCUGAAACUUGGCGGUGACAUCGAGAGCGAGUGGGACGGGUCCCGAGUCCGACUCAAGAUCCGGGAGGUGUACCCUGAGGACGAGGGCGAGUACUCUUGCAUCAUCUUCAACGACAUGGGCAAAGCUGUGACCUCAGCCACACUCAUCGUCGAGAUGGCUGAUGACAAAGAAAACGAUGUGACAGUGCAAAUGGAGCAUCGUCCUGAUUUAUCCAGAAGAACAACACCAUCAAGAACUAACACUCCUUCCAGGUGGUCGAGGUCACCCUCCGUCAAUUUCCAACGUGAAGGAAGUGCUCACUCAUGGGCUGGUGUUGGCUGGCGGGAACCGUCUGUCAGUGUGCCUCACUGGCGCCCUCUUUCUAGGGGGUCCUCUCCGCUUCUGCUAGCUCGCCGCUUCACUCCUGAGCCCAGCACCCGCUCGAAGAGCCGAUCUCAUCGGCCUAAGUUCUACUACAUUCCUCACGACCGCAUCGUUGAGGAAGGAGAGACGGUCAGCUUCCAGUGUGCUGUUAAAGGCAAUCCAGUUCCACGAGCCAGUUGGGACAAGGAUAAUAUGAAAAUCCUGGAAGGAGGACGCAUCAAAUUCGAAGAGCGAGACGAAGUGAGGACCCUGGAGAUUCCUAAGGUCACCCAGCAGGACGCCGGUCUCUACAGGGUCACCAUCGAAAACGAACUAGGACGAGAGCAAGCCACAGCAAGACUAGAUGUCAUAAAAUCUUCAGGCAACAAGUACGCCGGUUACGUCAGAGCCUGGAACACCUCGCCCUUGACUGCGCCCCAGUUCGCUCGGCGUAUGCCAUCUACCCCCGUGAGUGAGGGCAGCCGACUGACCCUCAGGGCUGACUACCGAGGGUCGCCUCUGCCUAGAGCCAAGUGGUACAGGAACGGAGAGCUACUGCCCUUAUGUGACGAUUUCCCACAAACGUACAACGGCAGACAGGCCGUUCUCGAGGUCCCGGAGGUCACCACCGCCGACGCAGGAACCUACAGCUGCGUCUUGGAGAACGACGUCGGCAAAACGGAGUGCUCUUGCGAAGUCAUUGUUGAACACCGCAACGAGGCCGAAAACACUCCACCUUACAUCAUCCAAGGUCUGAAGGAUCUGACAGUGUUGGAUGGAGAUGAAGUGCGACUCUCAAUCCGAGUUGGAGGGUCCUUGCCCUUGAAGGUUGUAUGGGUGCGAAAUGACCUUGAAAUCAAGCCUAGCAAAGACUUCCGGUACGAGGAGGAAGGCAACGGAAGUUACUCCCUCUUCCUGAGGGACGUUUAUCCUGACGACGCCGGGAUCUACAUCUGCGAGGCCUACAACAUGCAUGGAGAGGCUCACUCCUACUGCAAGAUGACCGUACAUGAUCCGCGUGCGGCCAAGUCGAGCGCUCCUUGUAUUGUGGGUAAUUUGACGCCCUUGGUAGUGGAAGAGGGAUCCGCUGCCAGGUUCACCGUAGCUGUCCAUGGCCACCCAGCUCCUACGCUCAGUUGGUUCCUCGACGGGCGCAAGUUGAUGUCCACUCCUAGAGUUAAGGUGGAAGUAGAUGAAGACGUUGGACCAGACGAAGGACACCAGCAUACCCUCAGCAUCGUCCAUGCCCUCUCGACGGACUCUGGAGUCCUUUCUGUCGUGGCCUCCAACUGUCUUGGCACCGACUCGGCCUCGACUACACUCAAGGUUAACCUCUACGCUCCCAACAGAGAAGACCGUUUCAAAUCGUCCGCCAACAGCCCCUCGAGUGUCAGCACAAAUGUUCAGUCUAGACUCACUCCUCCAAGAACGUCCAACUCUCCGGCGCCCAGGAUCAAGCCGAUGCUGAAGGAGAUCAGCAACACCGGUACUGGUAGUGUCGACUCAGCCUACGGAAGCUCCAGUCUUCGCGACUCCAGCGGCUGCAGCAGUUCUCUCUCGAACGUUAGUGAGCUCGAGUACGACUCAAUCACCAAGGAACAACACCAGCACGAAAUGUCUCAAAAGCUCCUCCAAACAGUCGAGAGUCAUAAAGAGGAGGAGGAGGAGGAAGAGGAGGAGGAGGCUGAACCAGAUCUGGACGAGGAAGACGAGGAACUAGCUGUGGGAUGUGAAGCGGAUUCGGACGAAGUCGGUGCAGAAAUAAUUUCAGGACCAGUGGAUGUUACCGUCCUCAAGGGCCAGUCAGCGACUUUAACUGCCUCCUACACAGGAAAGCCAGAGCCUUUGGUCUCCUGGCUUAAAAAGGAACAAGAGAUAUGUGAUGGUGGACGGUACAGCGUCAAGACGGAGAAUGGCAUUACAACCCUCAUCAUACACGAUAUUGUGCAAGAAGAUUGUGACAAAUACACUGUAGUUGUCAGAAAUAGCUUGGGAGCUCAUGCCGCCUUUGCAUCUUUAGCUGUGGGAAGUGCCCCCGAGCCACCAGCAGAUAAACCAAACCACAGUGAAGUUACUGAUGAUUCUGUCACACUAUCCUGGUAUGGCCCCACUUAUGAUGGUGGGUCAGUGGUAACAGGAUACAUUGUUGAGGCGCACAAAAUUGGAAAUGGAGAUUGGUUCACUCUGAUUUCUGGGUGUCACUCUACUUCAUAUAUUGCUCAAGGUUUAGACACAAAUUGCCAGUAUGAAUUCAGGGUGCGAGCGCAGAACAUCCAUGGUGUUUCUGAGCCAUCCAAACCCUCCAUUCCAGUCACUACUUCAGCACCUCCUGACAAAGACGACGAACCUGAACCAGAAGAUCAUGAGACUGCUUUUGCUCCUCUCAAUGUCGAGAUAGAAGCCGGGGCCAACUUCGACAAACAGUACAAAAUGCACGAGGAAGUAGGUAAAGGACGAUUUGGAAUAGUCUAUAGGGUGACAGAUAAAAUAACUGGAACAAGAAGAGCAGCUAAAGUCAUCAAAUGCAUCAAAUCUACAGAUAAGGAGAAGGUCAGGGAAGAAAUUUCCAUAAUGAACGCCUUAAGACAUCCAAAGCUACUACAACUUGGAGCUGCUUAUGAAAGACAAAAGGAAAUUAUCAUGGUUAUGGAAUACAUAUCUGGUGGAGAACUAUUUGAAAGAGUAGUAGCUGAUGACUUUGCUCUGACCGAGAGAGACUGCAUCCUGUUUGUUAGGCAGAUCUGUGAGGGAGUUGCGUACAUGCAUAAGAGUCACAUUGUACAUCUCGAUCUGAAGCCCGAGAACAUCCUAUGUGUGCGUCGAACAUCCCACCAGAUAAAGCUUAUCGACUUCGGACUUGCCCGAAGAUUCAACCCUGAUGAUCCUUGCCGAGUUCUCUUUGGAACACCCGAAUUCAUUGCCCCCGAGAUUAUCAACUAUGAGCUGAUAGGUUUCUCCUCGGAUAUGUGGUCCGUUGGUGUCAUUUGCUACGUGUUGCUGUCUGGACUUUCUCCAUUCAUGGGGGACAACGAUGCUGAAACCUUUGCAAACAUUACACGCGCAGAAUUCGACUUCGAUGAUGAUGCUUUUACAGCCAUUACUGAAGACGCCAAAGAUUUCAUCAGAUCUUUACUGAUCAAGAAGAAAGAAAAACGGUUAACUGCUGAACAAUGCUUUGACCACCCAUGGCUGGCACAGACAGAAGAGGACAUGAAUAAGGUUGUCUUAUCUACUGACAAACUAAAGAAAUUCAUUAUUAGAAGGAAGUGGCAGAAAACUGGUAAUGCCAUCCGUGCCCUUGGACGUAUAACCCACCUAGCUAAUCGUCGCAGUUCUCAGCCAUCAUCUCCUACCCGACUGUCGCCUCUUCCCGAGAACCAAGCCCACACACCUACUUCCCCAUCUACACCCCCUCCUACAAAUUCUCCUGGGUUGAAUUCCCUUUCCAAGACGAAGGGAUGUCCUCCUGUCACCCGCUCUUCAGGCAGUGUUAUCAGCGAAAGGAGCGAUUCUGGUAUUAGUGAGUGUUCCUUUAGUGUGGAUGAUAACACCCAAAAUCCUCAAAAUAACCAGUUUGGUCUGACUAAUGGUCGUGCUGUUACAGGACGUAAUAUUCUCCAAAGUGGAAAGACACCUUCUCUAGAUUGGCAGUCAUCCGUGGACUCUGCCGUAUGUGAUGAUGAUUAUAUCAGCAAGAGUGGAUUUGGAUCCUCUCAACGUAAGAUAUCCCGGGAGGCUCUGCUGGUGAAAUCUGCUGCUGCUGAUUCGAUGAUAAAUGCCCAUUCAAGAAUUUAAACUGAAAGGACCUGCCGAAUUGUAAAAAGCAUACCGUAAAAAUGUGUAUCUAUAUAUAUUUGUAUUAAUAAUGUCCAUGGACUGAAUUGCUGAGGAUGAAAGUUGUAUAAUGUGUAAAUAUAAUGGAACUUUGGAAACAGUAGCUACUUUGCUAUCUUCCUUCUACUUUUCAGUACAGUUGCCUAUCGGUGAAAAAUUUUGUGUUUAUACCUAACUGCAUAAUUAUUGUACUUAGCUGUAUCAUACGAACAAGUAGAUGUGGCAAAGGGCAAAGCUGUCCAUGUCCUUUAGCAAAGCAGGUGUGUUCGCAUUGUUCAAAGUGCAUCUGAUGGUGUUGGACCUUGGAAAUGCGGUGAAGUUCCUCUAUUAGUGGAUAUGCAAUGUCUACUCAAUCCAUGUCCUCAUACAUGGAGUCGAUUAGACACUUUCUACUUUUUCAUGACUGGGUCGUGAAUUGUCAACAAAAUGUGUUGGCUUAUAUUGAGGCUUAGCUACAGAGCUUCUAACGACUUCAAAAAUGUCCCUUGUGUUUGAGACAUUUCAAGAAGAAAUAUGAAGUGCUCGUAACAAUGUCGACCAGCCUUGUUCUACUCACGUGAGGGAGGCUGAUGAUAAUUUUUUUAUACUUAUACCUUUAUAUAUACAGUAUAUAUACCAGAUGAUGUAUAUGAAUUAUCAUGAACUAUAUAGCAUCACAAAGCAAGUCAAUGGAAGAAACUAUUAUAUAAAUGAAUUAACCUUACUUUUUUUACCAUAGGAAGAAUUGGACAAAAGUGUGCCUGAAAUUAAAACUUUUGCCGAUGCUUUCUAUGGUCCCAUAUCUUUAUUUUCCGUUCUUUGGUGAUAUAAAAGCCCAAUUUCCUGUGAAUUUGAUGUUUGUGUGUGUUAUGACAGGCUUCAUAUAAUCAUUAUCUAUUUCAGUGCAGUGCCAAACAAAUUUGUAUAGAUGAUCUAGUUAGAUUGUUUGCCUGACAUCAUUCCACAUGUUUCUCUUGCAUCUGUAUCGAAUCCUCAAGAUAUUCAUAUGUUUAUUCCUACAUUUUUUUCCAAAUCAUAAGUGUUUCAGUGAAACUGCAUCUUAAAUUAACCUCAUUUUCAAUCAUUAAUGUUGUAACUUUAAUUUAAUUACAGCAAACCUAAUGCCCCUUUUAAUAGAUUAAAUAUUAUAGCAUUUACCUGUGCUUGAGUUUCAAUUAAAUUAUUUCUGCAAGAAUAGGUAAUUUUUAGUUUGAAAUAUCCUAUACAAUUGUAAUAAAAAAAAUUAAGACCAUGAGUGGAAGGUUAUAAUGGUAAUGUCCAUCAAGACAUUUUACAUUGUUUGACAGUACUGCACAAUCUUUUAAUUACUGAAGGCUAAUUUAAUGAGUAUGAUAUUUAACCAACUGAUUGUAGAUAUUUAUGUUAAAUGAGAGAAACAAUAUGGGGUAACUAAGCACUGUAUAUCUUAAAUGUAGAUACUGCAGGCUGAUAAGCUCCACAAACUCUAAAAUUUUGUACUGUCACACAAUUGUAGAAAUAUGGAAUUGGCCAUUGGAACAUGUACCACCUCUUCCUUUAUGGAAAUUCUCUCCAUCCCAUACAUACAAUGUAGAUAGCGAGUGGUUAAUGAAGUAUUUGUGUAGCUACUGGUAUUGUGAUAUUGUAGAUACAUCACCCAUUUAUGUGCAUGAUAUUGUUGUUAAGAACAUUAAAAGAUUUAUUUGAA